AUGCGUCGAAUGCGCAAUCAGAUCCGCCGCGCAAUUGAGGCGAUUGCCGGACAGGACCACGAAGAAAUUACAAAGGCCGAGGAUGAUCCCGUCAAGGCAGGAUCAUCUAUAAACACCGACCGGGCGAAGCUCCUCAUGGUGGUCAACGGCUUCAAGAAGAGGCUUGAAGAUAUUCCUAGAUACACGGUUAGACCUACACUUAAAGACCUAGCGAGCCCCAGCCCAUCCCAGGCCCUAUACGAUUACAUUCGUGACAAGUUCAAAGGAUCAAGGGAUGGAAUAUUCCAUUUUGACUCAGACGAGGAUUCCGAGGCAGACGAGCUCUUCCUGAACGCGGAGCAGAUAGGUUCAAUCGAGAACUGUGAGCAAGAGGAGACCAACAAAUACGAGGCAGACGUUACCUUUCACUAUUCCAAUGAGGACCCUCUCAGCCCAGGUACGCUGUUGUUGAACGAAUGCGCCGUUGCGGACCCCGGACCCACGGCCUUUUUCGAUUCCUACCAGUCGCCGCGUUCGCUUCUUCCCAGCCACUUCUUUAGGUGGCUGGCAACCUGUACACCGACAAGAAGUGAGAUGAGCCGUCGCGGACCCCGGUCCCACGGCGUUCUGAGAUCCACUGGAAUCGCCCUCUUCCAGCCUUCCUCAUCUCUUUAG